AUGACAACUCUAAAUACCUUACCCUCUAUUUUGGUACCUUUAGUGGGCCUAUUCUUUCCGGCAAUUGCGAUGGUUUCUUUAUUUCUUCAUGUUCAAAAAAAUAAGAUUUUUUAG